GAAAACAAGCUUCAGUCUCAAGAGUGGAGUGAGGGAAGGCUGGUGUGUGCCCGCUUAUGUGGUCAGUUGUUAAGUCUUCGUUGAAAGUAACCUCACCCCGUGAAUUUUCGAAGAGACAUAUCGAACCCUCAUGGGUCUGCGGCGUGCCUGCGAGGAGUAGCACGAGUGGCGAGUGGUAGUUGGCGAGCAUAGUGGACAGGAUUGGAAUUGGCGGGCAGCAGCACAGCAUCGUCGUCUGCAUGUUUACCUAGCAGCGAGCGGCGCGUCGGAGCACCCUGAGGAGUAUUUUCAUACCACCACACCGCGGUGAAGGGCGGGGCUGUGCCUGGCGGAGGACUGGGGACGUGAGGCUGCUGCAGGAUGGGCAACAUACACACCGUGGGGCCCAACGAGGCAUUGGUGGUGUCAGGUGGAUGCUGCGGCGCUACGUCGAAGAAGACGAUCGUGGGAGGAUGGGCGUGGGCUUGGUGGUUUGUCACGGACGUCCAGAGAUUGUCCCUUGAGGUGAUCACUCUAAACCCUCGCUGCGAGAACGUGGAAACCUCCCUGGGUGUACAGGUGACAGUGACGGGUGUGGCACAGGUCAAAGUGAUGAAGGAGGAAAAAGUGCUCAAGAUUGCCUCAGAACAGUUCCUGGGCAUGACCCCCGAGGACAUCAGGGGCACUAUUCUCAUGACCCUUGAGGGCCACCUCAGGGCAAUUCUUGCUACCUUGACGGUUGAGGAGGUCUAUCAAGACCGUGAUCAGUUUGCUCAGCUGGUGAGAGAAGUUGCAGGCAUGGACGUGGGUAGGAUGGGCAUUGAGAUCCUAUCCUUUACCAUUAAGGAUGUGUAUGACCGUGUGGAGUACCUCUCAUCUCUUGGAAAGUCCCAGACUGCAGCUGUCAAGAGGGAUGCUGAUAUUGGUGUUGCUCAGGCUAACAGGGAUGCUGGAAUAAGGGAAGCAGAGAAUGAAAAGACAGCAAUGGAUGUGAAGUAUACCACCGACACGAAAAUUGAAGACAAUGCCAGGAUGUACAAGCUCCAAAAGGCCCAGUUUGAUCGUGAAAUCAACACGGCUAAAGCAGAAGCUCAGCUGGCCUAUGAGCUGCAGGCAGCCAAAACCCGUCAAAAAAUCAGGAAUGAAGAGAUUUCUAUUGAAGUGGUGGAGCGAAGGAAGCAGAUUGAGGUGGAGGAACAAGAGGUCAAGCGAAAGGAGAAGGAACUCAUUGCAACAGUGCGCCUCCCUGCUGAAGCUGAGAGCUACCGAGUGGAGACUAUUGCCCAGGGCAAGCGUACACAGACAGUAGAAGCAGCACGUGCAGAAGCAGAGAGGAUCAAGCGCAUUGGAGAAGCAGAAGCAUAUAGUGUGGAGGCUGUGGGCAGGGCAGAGGCAGAGAGCAUGAAGCUAAAAGCACAGGCCUAUAAGCAGUAUGGUGAAGCAGCCAUCAUGUCUAUGGUCUUGGAGAGCUUGCCUCAGAUUGCAGCAGAAGUGGCUGCCCCACUGGCAAAGACAGAAGAGAUUGUGAUGGUUGGUGGUGGAGAUACAAUGAGCAAUGCUAUCACCAAAAUGUGUGGAGAGUUGCCCCCUGCUGUCCAUGCGCUUACUGGGGUUGAUCUCACCAAGGUGCUAGGGAAGGUGCCAGGAGCCACGGUCAGUCAGCCCACCCCAGCCCCUCGUGUUGCCCCCGCGAAUGUCUAAGAUCGUCAAACCUUGAACACAGUUACUGUUUAGUUAUGAUAAGGUAGAUUUAUAAGGUGGGUUGAGACAUUUUUACAAAAUAUAAAAUUUUCCACUCCAUUUUCACUUGCUUCUAGUAUCACAUAACAGAUUAUCAACAGAAAACUACUCACAGACUUUUUCAUGUUGAACCCACAUAAUGUAUAUGUGUGCACUGUUCAGUAGGCUAUUAUACAUUUAACAAAUGUCAGUUUAUAGGAAGCUACCACAGUUAGAAUCAUACAGUAUGAGAACAUUAAGACUAUCUCAGUAUUUUUAUAAAAGAACGUCUAUAAGAUCAUGUAAAAUAGUAAAAACUCAUUUCCUAGAGAAGUAGGCUGUGUUGACUCCUUGGAACAAAGCAUUGUAUGAUCUGUGCCUGUUCUAAAGGAGAUCAUUAAAGAGAAAUAUCUCCACACACAGCUAAUAUUUAUUUAAAAUAUACUGUAAAUACAAUAAUAACUCAGUUAUCCACAUCCACAUUAUCUGCCAUACAACUAUCUGCAUGGGGACUUGGAUCUGGACACACAUCACUGUAUUUUCAUGAUAUGCAGUUAAGUGGGGGAAAUCAUCUAUCAAGACUGAGAUGUGCAAAAAUAUCAUAACUUUUGCAUAGCUUAAGGAUAAGUGUGGGAAGCGAUCCUGAAAACUAUUACAUAAUCUUCAUAAUGUAACCUAACUCACUAAAAAAAUUUAAAUCCAAAAAAGCAUUUUACCAAAACUAUUUUUUUGCUGCUUCCAUACUUGUUUCACUUGCUGCUCAUUCACUAUUUUUCUCUCAUUGAGUCCUAAUGAUUAUCAGAUAAGAUUAUAAAGGAAUAGAAGGUACUGGUACUGGCAGAGAAAGAUGUUGAUGGAAAAGCAAGGCAGAAUAGUCCUGGAUGGUGGCGGGGGGAGACAGGUGCAAAACUGCAGACCCGUUUUUUUUUAAUGUGUCUGGGAGUCCUGAAAAUUCCUCUGAUGUCCAGAUCCAUCUGUCUGCAAGGGCUUUGGCUGAAUUGAUGCAGAUAACUGAGUUUACUGGAAAUGAUAGAAUAAGUUUAAUUUGUUUAUUUUUAUAGAAUUUUCAUAGAUACAAAAUCCUGAGUAUUUUAGAAUAUGCUUUAAUUAUUUGAAACAUCCUGUCUUACUGACCUUAGCUGACUGUGAUAAGUGCCCAGGUAAACACAAGACUGGCAUCAAAACACAGAGGAACUCAGCACAAGUGACACACUCUAGCCCUACACUAAGUAAACACACAUGUUCUCUAGGAUUUCAAAGACCUAGGGAGGACCUGCAUUCCCCUGUAAUAAAUUGAAGGUGCUCUGGCUGGUAGUAUUUGUGAUGGUGGCGAAUGGUGUUUUGACUUGCCAUCAGGAAAAAAUUUUGGAACACCGUCGAGGACUUCUUUAACUUGCUAAUUUUAGAAUUAGAAACAUGGAUGCCUUACUCGGCCAUAUAAUAAUUCAUCUAUUAUUGUAAUAUAAUGUGUUAAAGUUGUUUUUUUAAAUACAAGUUCCAUAAAUAAUAAUACAUGCAUCUUUAUAGUGCAUGUCUUGAGGAAAGUGUGAAAUCUGACACAUUAUAAUGCACUAAAGGCAAGCAAUUGCAGCAGCUGUCAUUAUAAUAAAAUAUACACAUUUGCAUAUGCCAGUAGUCCAGUGGACUGUUUUUCCUUCAAAACUACGUAUGUCUCUUAUCAUAUAUAAACAAUUCAGAAAGCAUUGUAUUGUGUUAGUCCAAAUAAGUAUUUCUUUUAUGAGAGACAGAGCAGCCCACACUAUUUUACUCUAGUGGCUAUUGGGUCUGGCUGGUAGCUGUGUCAACAUACUCUGUGUGGGGAGCAGAGUGAGGCAUGACUUGGUGAAAGGAAUUACAAUGAAACCUUAGUAUAUUGCACAGCCUAGAGCAAUGUUUCUCAAACUAUUUUACAUGUAACCCUAUUUGGAAUGCUUCAAGACCUCAGGCUCCUCUAGGAAAAAAAGAAAAAAAUAUUCUAAUAUAUAUCAUGGAAACCUGCCCAUUGCUUAAUUAAGAUUACCAAUAUACAUUAUGCAUGGUUUCAUUGCAUACUGUUACUGUAAUAAUAAUUCAUAUACCAACAGAGUAGUCAACAGUUAAACACAGCAAACAUGUACAUGAUUAACAUCUGGCUCUCCAUUCCUAACUGGAAUAGUGAAGGUCUGAGAGGGAGGCCGGCACCUGGCAAUGUCACAUAUGCACCAGUCAGCAAUCUCAAGAGGCAUGCUCUGGAAAAAAUCCAAUUUUACCGCCCACUUUAAAGGUGAUAUUUAUGAUAAUGUUCUGCAUGUAUACUUAUUAACCAGUAAAUAGCACUAUAGCUUUUAUAAAUAUGCAGACUAUGUAAUGAUAAUAAUAAUCAUAUUUGGAACAUAUUAAAUAAAAUAUUCAAAGCAGUAGGUCAGGUUGCAUUGGCCUGGUGGUUCGUCAUGGACUGGUGAUUGAAGGAUUGACAGUUUGUACCUGUCCUUACGGCAGGACUGAUUGUGCUAUCCAUUACCCUCACCACACACUGUCUUUAUUUACAAGGCUAUGGGGGAGUUGUUAUAACAUGUUUUGUCUGACUAUCAUGAUUCAGGACAUUUUUCCACUGUACAAGUGAACAAUUAUACAUAAAUAGGUCAUGUCUCUGCCACCUAUUGAAAUUCUACUCAUGACCCACUGUUUGGCUUUGACCCAUAGUUUCAGAAUCACUACUCCAGAGAAAUUUCUCUUGGUUUAAUUAUUCCCCAAAAUCAAAGAAUAAUGCUGGUAAAAUUAAUCUUUUUUUAUUUCUUUUGCUAUGAGAUUAAUAGUGCUUUCCACUAACUCGAGCAUACACUAGGUUUGUUUGCAAUGACAGAAUAGCUAUGGGAGGUUGUUACAGCAUAUGCUGUCCUCCCUUGGGGUAUAUCCCUAACAAACAAAAAAUUCUAGGUCAUAUCUGUGAUCCACUGAAAUUUCUUUCCUUUCACAGUCUACCUUUGGGCCAUGACCCAUAGUUUGAGAACCACUGAUCUAGAGGAUUAUAUUUGAUUUUAUUGUUACCAAAGCUUGAAUAGUGCUUUAAAUCAAUGAUGAAAUUAAUGUUUACCACUUUUUUUUCUUGUGAAGAUGGAGUUUAUGGAAUUUGUGCUUCACGUAACAACACUAACACCCCGCCCCCCCCCCUUUCACACACACACACACACACACACACACACACACACACACACACACAAACACACACCAAAAUGGACAUAUAAAAUUGGAGAUGGAGAAAUAUUAAAGAAAGUUCAAGAAGAGAGAGAUCUGUGAGUGACAAUACAAGAUAAUCAACAGCCUGAGAGUCAUGUUAAUCAGAUAUUCGGUGAUAUGUAUAAUAUGGUGAGAAAUAUAGGAAUAGCGUUCCACUACAUGGAUAAGGAUAUGAUGAAAAAGUUAAUAACCACUAUGAUUAGGCCAAAAUUGGAAUAUGCAGAGGCAGUGUGGUGUUCCCAUAAGAAGAAACGGUUAAGAUUUGUUUUAGGUCCGUGCCAGUAUCUCAUUACCUACCUUAUGAAACAUCACUAUCUCUUCAUAUAUCUUUUCUACAAACCUUCAACAGUCAUGGAAACGCUUUGAAAAUCCAAUUCAAGGACUUUUUUUUUUACUCUUGAAAAUAUGGGAUAAUGUUUACGAAAGGCUGUCGCCUCCUCUGGUGGCCGCGGCGACGCUGCAGCGGGUGUUGCAAGAAAUACCUCCUCACUGAAAUAAGUCAUAUAUACAUGAGGGGGGGGUCCAGGGGGGGGCUAUGCCCCCCCUGGUUAGAAGGGGGGGUCGAGGGGGGCGCAGCCCCCCCCGUUAGUAGGUCGUAAAGUUCGGUUGGAGUAGUUUAAAUAUGCUCCCCGACCCUAAGCCCUCUGCGAGCUAUUUUGCUGCUGCGGUGGCUGCAGCUUCGCCGCGGCCAGCAGAGGAGGCGACGGCCUUUCGUAAACAUUAUCCCCUAUUUUCAAGAGUAAAAAAAAAGUCCCUGAAUUGGAUUUUCAAAGCGUUUCCAUGACUGUUGAAGGUUUGUAGAAAAGAUAUAUGAAGAGAUACUGAUGUUUCAUAAAGUAGAUUAUGAGAUACUGGCACGGACCUAAUACGAAUCUUUACCGAAGAAACAUAAAAAAACUAGAAAGAAUACAAAGGAUGGCAACAAAAGUGGUUCCAGAGCUGGAGGGAUUGACAUAUGAAGAAAGAUUAAAGGAAAUGGACCUACCAACACUAGAACAAAGAAGAGAAAGGGGAAACCUAAUACAAAUUUAUAAAUUAUUGAGCAAAAUGGAAGAAGUAGAUAAUGAGGAGUUACUACUAAAAGAAGGAAUAAACACCAGGAACACAAGAGGACACAGUAAAAAAUUGAGGAAAGGAAGAUGCUUGAGAGACAUAAAGAAAUAUAGCUUCCUGCAAAGAAAUAUAGAGGUUUGAAACAGACUAAGUGAGGAUGUACUAUUGGUGAAGAGUGUGCAAAGCUUUAAGGAAAAGUUGGACAAAUACAGAUACGGAGAUGGGACCACACGAGCGCAAGCCCAGGCCCUGUAAAACUACAACUAGGUAAAUAGAACUAGAUAAAUACACACACACACACACACACUCAUUCAUUCAUUCAUUCAUUCAUUCAUUCACUCACACUCACACACCAGCAGCUGCCUUUAGGUGCACGAACACAGCCUUUGGGGGCAGUCCAGCACCCACAGUUAUUUAGAAACCUGUAAGAUUUUAUUUUGUGAUGUCUAUAUUUUACACAAGUCCUUUCUUGGUCUGAUGCAUGUUAUUUUUUGUUAAACAAGUAAUUUAUAUAACAUGAAUUCAUUGUAGACUGGACUGAAGUAAGCAGAAUGAUUUCGGUAUAGUAUAUAUGAUUUCUUAGGAUUGUUAUUGUAGCCAUCAACUUUUUAUGCAAGGAAAAAUUUGACGUAAAUAUUCAGGUUAGCAAAACAGUAUUUUAAGGGUUGUUUAUUAUCUAGUUUCUAGUUAGAUUAUUACUUUAAUUAAAUUACUUCAUAUAGUUUCUGGUUUGUUUUUAUUAUAUUUCAAUUACUUCAAGAUAUUUACUUUCAGAUCAGUAUCAAGCUGUUAAUAUCAUACCUGCUUUGUAGCUUCAAUUUGGCAUGAUAUAAAAUUACACACAUGGUAAACCAGUUGACCUAAAUUAUGAUGUAGAUAUAGCAGUGGCAAUUAACUUUUAUGGGUGUGAUACCAACAGUCCCUGGUUUAUUGUAAAGUUCAAGUCAUGCAUUUAUUGCAUUUAUUUGGUCCUCAUACACUUAUUUAUACUGAAGUUCCAAAGAUAGUGACUAUCAUGAUUCAAGACAUAUUUUUCCACUGUACAAGUGAACAGCUUAAAUGUGUUGUUGGCAGCAGGAGAGGAAGCUUUUUUCUUGGUGCCCAGUGCUUUCUCUGAUCUCUUCCUCUCUAUUGCUGCCUCUGGACUUGCUGAACCUGAGUCUCAUCUUAAUACUACUUCACUGCCAGCUCCAUCACACUUAGCACAGACACCUGAUGAGCAGUCUAAAUGGGUGUCUUGGUGUUAGCUGUGUUGGCAUAGUUAUAGUUUGAUUUUUGUACAAUGUAGAUGUGUUGAAAUUAUAUGUUUAUUUGUUUAGGUUUUGAAGACAAGUGCAAAGGCUGAACGAUGACCUUUACAGGUGAUAAUAGGAUAUAUACUGUGGAGGGCACAACAGGCCUAGUCACAGUGAAUAUAUAUGAAAUGUACUCCCAUGGGGUCAUUAGAGAUAAAUAGAAUGGAUCUUUAUUUUGAACUAGAAAAUAUGAUCCUAUAUUCUGUUGUCUCUUCCCACAGCUGAACUGAUUGUGUGGCAAUGUUGAAGGUUACAUAAUGCACUGGACCUUUUCUCUGGAAAACUAGGAGCUGAAGCUUUUUUUUUACAGACCUACCAAAUAAAUGAAAAUCUAGAGGGUUUCAAGGUGAGCCUGGCAUCUGAAGACAUCAAAUGCCACCAAAAUGAGGCAGCAGGGUACAAAACAAUUCUGGCAAACACUCACAGAUUGUCAAAAGAUUAUGUACCCAUCACUUGACAAAAAUGUAGCAAGUAUUUAAACUGGUCAGUAUCCUGGUAUAUCAGACUAGAGGUUCAUAAGAUGUCGUUUAACUUAGUCACUUAAAAAUAUGGCAUGCUUUAUAAUUUGUUAUAAGGAGUGUGUUUUAGCAGAAAAAUGUUGUAUUGAUGAGAUGUAUUCAUAGACAAAAUCAAAAAAUGUCAUGAAUUAAAAAAAGGAUAAUGGUUUGGAAGAUCUGUCUGGUACAAACUGUUCAUAUUUUGUCAAUAUAUUCCUCUUUUAGAAUGUGGUGUUACAGACUUUGGUACAUAGGCAGUCAUGCUGUACUGCAGCUCUGUUUGUCAUGAGUGCAAUCUUUGUCAUUGUAGAGUUUAUUUCCCUAUGUCAGGUAUAUAAAAAGAAUUCAUUAUUUUGAUGAAAUCUGGGAACAUGAAAGUUCUGCUUGUUUGUCAGUAAACUGUUUUAUCUUUAAAA